CGUAUCACAAAAUCACAAGUCGAACACUUCCCAAGUGUCUAGGACAGUGUGAUGUAUUAUUAUUAUUAUUAUUAUUAUUAUUAUUAUUAUUAUUAUUAUUAUUAUUUUAUUAUGACACAGCAAACAAGAUAGAUAAGCUGGAUUUCGUAUCACAAAAUCACAAGUCGAACACUUCCCAAGUGUCUAGGACUGUGUGAUGUAUUAUUAUUAUUAUUAUUAUUAUUUUAUUAUGACACAGCAAACAAGAUAGAUAAGCUGGAUUUCGUAUCACAAAAUCACAAGUCGAACACUUCCCAAGUGUUUAGGACUGUGUGAUGUAUUAUUAUUAUUAUUAUUAUUAUUAUUAUUAUUAUUAUUAUUAUUAUUGACACAACGACAUUGUAUGACACAGCAAACAAGAUAGAUAUGCUGGAUUUCGUUUCACAAAAUCACAAGUCGAACACUUCCCAAGUGUCUAGGACUGUGUGAUGUAUUUUCGGAUGAUGCGUGCAGAUCCCUGUAAGGUGGCCUUUUGCAGUUGGCAGAUCGUAAUUUUGUCAAUGUCUAUUGUUUCCAAAUGCCGGCUGAGAUCUUUUGGCACGGCACCCAGUGUGUUUAUUAUUAUUAUUAUUAUUACACAAUUCUGUUAGCAACAAAAUAUACAACAACCUUGUGAUCCCGGCCAUGAAAGCCUUCGACAACACAUCUUUUCAUGAGACCUUCCCAGUGGAUUGAUAAGCAUCCUAUUUGCUUCUCUCUUUCCUAAGCACAUCAGUUUGUGAAGCGACUGCCUCGUCCAGUUUUCCCGUCCAAGUUCCUUCCCAUAUCCAAUCCAUCUACUACAAUGCUGCGGAGUUGCAUUCUCAGUCUCUCGCUUAAACACACGCGCAAGCAAGCAAGCAUACAUAUAUGCACACCCCUCCUGCUCCGUAAUCCAUCACACAUCCAAGGCAAUGGCAGGCUCCGUCUUUUCACUCCAGCGCCACCCAAGCGUUAAGGUUCUGGUGUUGACCGUCGAUCUCUCAAAGGGCAAUUUGUCUGGGAGCAGCCAAUCCAGGUCCUGCCCUGGGCCGGCCCAAUGAGCGGCACGGGACCCAGAGCGCCAGCCUAUCCAAGGCCCGGCAUUCUAAUCAGCCCCAUCUUUAACCGGAGGAAAUGUAGCUCCUCUUGAAGUUAAACUUGGUGGCUGGUCAGUCUUGGAUUCAGUCUCGUUGGGCAUGGGGACAUACGCGAGCCAGGCAUCUAAUGCACUUGCGCUACGGUUUGCCUUGGCCAACGUUGUCGCCCAGCGGUGCCAUCGGAGAGGCUCGUUCUGAAACAAGACAACCACUGUGGUUUCAAGAGCAUGGCACUGCCAACGUACUGAAAGUCUAGUCUAUCUGAAGAAAUAAUUUCUCCCCACGAUGGACUCCAAUCUGCAGGGGACGUUCCUGCUCAACAAUGCUUCUCUCGCCUCUUUCCCGGAAGUCAAAGCACCCAUGUGCCAGUAUUCGGUGCAAAACUCCUUCUACAAGCUCAGCCCCUCGGGACUCAGUGCCCAGCUGGCAGCCGGCACACCGCACGGCAUCAGCGACAUCCUGAGCAGGCCUCUGGCUGCGCCAAACAGCACCCUCCUGCCUGGCUAUUCCCAUGUCGGGGGAUUCAACGGAUUGGGAACCCAGAGCAUUUAUUAUGGGUCCCAAGUCGGGAACUUCUCCAAAGCCGGGAGCGAAUACGUCGCCAGGGGUCGGAGCUGCUGGGCGGAUACGGGACAGGAGUGGCACGGAGGACGGCCGUGUAGCAACUCCACGGGGCACAUGUCUGACGGGCUCCACAAGAAGAAGCACACGCGGCCCACCUUCACCGGGCACCAGAUCUUCGCCUUGGAGAAGACCUUUGAGCAGACCAAAUACCUGGCCGGACCUGAGCGGGCACGACUGGCCUAUUCCCUCGGCAUGAGCGAAUCCCAGGUGAAGGUGUGGUUCCAGAACCGGCGCACCAAGUGGCGGAAGAAGAGUGCCCUGGAGCCCUCCUCCUCCUCCUCCCCGAGGGCCGGGGCCGGGCCUGGCGAGCGCUCCGUCUCCGACGAGGACGAUGAGUACAACAAACCGCUGGACCCCGACUCGGACGAUGAGAAGAUCCGGCUCCUGUUGCGCAAACACCGGGCCGCCUUCUCCGCCCUGGGCCUGGGCUCCCACAGUGGCUGAGAGACUGCUGGGAUUUAUGGGAUGGGAUGGGAUGUGGGGAGAAUAGAUCCAGCAAGCGGGACUUGAGGGGUUUGCGAUAAGUUUGGGGGGCACAAUGGGACUCUGGCAGCCUGGAUGUCUCCAAAGCCAAGACACUUAAAGAAGAGGGAUUAACGUUGCCAACUCCAACAAAGAUCACAGAAGACGGAUAAAACAUUUCAACAACCAUUCUGGCUUUUAUCUGCCAGUCUGUCUGGUCUCAAAACUGGGAGACUAAAGGGGCAUCUACACUGCAAAACGAAUGCAGUUUGGCACUGCAUUAACUCCCACAACUCAAUUCUGGGAGAGUCAUCCUUUGGAGAGGCUGCAAAAGUGCAACUCCUUGGCAUAAAAUUGAACCAUGGCAGUGAAAGAGUGUGCAUGCAUCCUUAUUUUCAGUAAAAGUUGCAUAUGUUUCCAUCCUACACUGUAUUCACACAUAUGUUUUAAAUGGACCUAUAAAUUAACUCCAGGAAUUGUGUUGCAAAUACAGUAGAGUCUCACUUAUCCAAGCUAAACGGGCCGGCAGA